AUGGAAAACCUUCCAGUUGACCACUUCGUCAAAGCCCAGCAAUUCGUCCCCAUUGUCCAUCGGGAUUUAUAUCCCGCCAUCGAUCCCACGCAAAGCGCGCUUUCUCAAAAGGGCAAAGUCAUCAUCGUCACUGGCGCGAGCCAAGGCUUGGGAGCCCGUGCUUUUGUGCCGUCCUUCGCUGCCACAGGCGCAAAAGCAAUCGUCCUUGUAGCGCGUCGGCUGGAAAAGCUCGAACAAGUCGCCAAGAUUAUUGCGGCUACACAUCCCCACGUGGAAACACUCCCUGUUGCUACCGACAUCGCGGACCCGCAAUCCGUGGCCGCGCUCUUCGAGCAGAUCAAGCAGAAAUACGGACAUGCUGAUGUCCUCGUUAAUAAUGCCGGUCUGUUCAAAGCCAUUGGUCCAGUCAAGGAUGUCGACCAGGCUGCGUGGUGGGACGAAAUGACGCUGAAUACCCGCGGCACAUUCCUCAUGACUCAGUCUUUCCUCACACACCUGCCGUCGCCUGACUUCCCAGCCAAAAUCAUCACGCUGACCACCGGCGCCGCGUACGAAGUCUUCCCCGGCCUCAGCGCCUACGGCAUCUCCAAGCUUACUGUCCUCGAACUCAUGACAUAUGUCGCCGCUGAGAACCCUACUGUCUUUGCCGUGGCCCUGCAUCCCGGUGUCGUCGACACGGAAAUGACGAUUGAAUCUUUCAAGAGGUUUGCCCUGGAUACCCCCGAGCUUGUUGGUGGUAUUGGCGUCUGGCUGGCGGGCUGGGAGGGCGUCGAUCGAAAGUUCCUGCGCGGCAGGUUUGUAAGCGCGAAUUGGGAUGUCGAUGAGUUGGUUAAGAGGAGAGAGCAGAUUGAGAGUGAGGGGUUGCUUAAGAUGGAUUUGAAGGCGACGUUGGGCGCGGAACAAUUUAUGGUGUAGUUGGAUAGAUGCGUUAUACACUAGUUAUGGGAUACUUGGACACGUAUUUCUUUUGGGGACUUGGUAAUGAAUAAUGCGGUUUGUGGUGCAAUCAUGUCGCGCGUCCGCCUGAUAUCUCA